AUUUAUUGAGCAGUUCUGAACUUCACGCCGUCAGGAUGGGAUCGAGGCGAGCGAAUCUCUUUUUCAUGGCCAUCGUCGGGCUUGGCUGGCCUUGGCCACCGUUUCUAGAUUCUGCGAAAGUUUACCCUUUAAUAGGCGAUUCGAUUGCUGCUCGCAUGAAUCAAACAGAAUCUAGAAUGAUGAACCGACUAGAGGAGCUGAUAGCCGAAAUGGAAAAGAAAUUGGAGCGAAAACUAGGACAACAGAUGAUGGCUCAACAAAACAAAAUUAUUGAGAAAGUUGCUGAUUUGAAGAAAACCGUCACACAAAAUUCCGGUGCCUACUUCGACUCGUGCCGAACCGUCCCAUCUGAGUUCAGUAACGUUUUCAUGAUUCGCCCAUCGGGGGUGGAUACGCAGCCUUUCAUGGCUUACUGUGAGCAGAACUUUCUCGGCGGCGGAUGGAUCGUGAUCCACAGACGGUUCAACGGAACUGUUAAUUUUACUCGCAGCUGGGAGGAGUACCGGGAUGGAUUCGGGGAACCCGACGGUGAACAUUGGAUGGGACUGGACAAAAUAUACAAAAUUACUCGCUCCGCAAAGUAUGAACUGCUGGUGGUACUAAAAGAUUUUGACGGAAUAGGCAAAAUAGCUCAUUACGACGGCUUCUCGGUGGAUAGUGAGGGAGCGAAGUAUAAGCUUAGACUUGGAAAUUAUGAUCAUGGAAAUGCGGAAGAUUCAUUGUCGGCUAGCAAUGGAACUAAAUUUUCGACGUAUGAUCAGGAUAACGAUCACCACUCUGACUCGUGUGCUGGGUUUUUCAAAAGUGGUUGGUGGUUUAGCGAUUGUAUGAAUGCAAAUUUAAAUGGACCCUACAAUCAAUACGAAAAAAAUAACCUGACAAUGAAUUGGUUCGGAUUCAGAAAGGAUUUACAAGGCCUAAAAGAAGCGUCUAUGAUGAUACGCGAGAAAGUCUGACCUGUCAUAUGUAACUAAAAUAUACAUACAAACCUUACUAGUUUAUUGUCUAUAUCCAUGGUUGUCACCGUAUAAAAUCCACCAACACAGUAAUAGAAGUGAAAGUUCAAUGUUUCGCCUAAUUCGAAGAUGACGUCACCAAUAUUUUUUUGCUACGCAACAAAAGAGAAAACAACUCAGCGCACAUGCUGCCCUCGAAGUAACGACGACUUGUAUCUUCUAUAGUACAAAAUUUCAUCUGAACCAUGCUGAUAAUGUAUUCGACAACGAGAGUCCAAUAGGAUUAACAGAGAUGGUAAUUUUGCCGAACUGAAUAACUCGAACGAGCUGUACCUUUAUGGAUUAUAAGUGUUAUAAUUUUUGUCAAAAAAAUAAUAACAGACUCUCACAAUCACGUAUGAAUAUUGUAAUAUUUGUUUCGACCUCUUGAUGUUUCCUACACUAGUGAAUUGAGAAGCACAUUUUUGUGACAAACAUUGUAAAUUCUCUCGGAUAUAAGGAAUUGAUUUUUUUUCUUUUCUGUGGAUAGCAAGUAUAACAAUUAUUUUCUGUAGCAUAACAUUAACUCUAAUCCUUUGCUUUAAUAUUUUCUCUUGUUUUUUUUUUGUUCGCAAAAUGCGUCAUCCUAUAUUUGCAUCGCUUUUAGCUUAAAUAUUGUGGUGUUUGUUUUUUUAUUAAUCUUUAAUAAUAAAUUCAGAGUUUAUCUUCAUUAUAGCAAACGAUUCGGUCCGACCGUUCAAUCGAUUUUAGCAUUCGAUAUUUGUUUAUUGCAUUGCAAUUGGAACUCUUUGCCUAUCUUUUCUACAACUAUAGCAUAUUUUCUGCGUGUUGCGAGAGAAAUUAGUGGUUAGGUUUUGUGCUUUGUUGUGCAAUAUGAAUGUGCGUUUGAUGGAAGUGGGGAAUGAUACCAGUUGCUUUGCUUCGAAAAAUUUAACAUUCAACAACUAACAGAUAUUAGAGAAACGAAUGUUUGGUGUAGAUUCUAUUCUGGUUGGUGGAAAGCUUCGAAAUAUGUACCUAAUUAUUAACACCAUUGCUGUUUAUUAAAUUUGUGGGAUACGUCAAAAGAUUUUUUUUCCUAAUGUUCUUAUAAAAAUUCUUCCUAAUGUAAUCGAAAAGAAGAGCCUUUUUUGGUAUGGAAAAGUGCCUUCAUUUGGCUUGUCAGCUUGGCCGCUCGACUUUCAUUGCAUGGGUUUUUUUUAUGGG